AUGAACGUGCAUGAAAUCUCUGAUGACGAAUUCGAUGACGAUAGAGAUGACAGAAGUGUCACAUUGGACCAUGAUCCCAGCUUUGGCCUGGAAGAAGUCAUCGAUCUGACCGAGGAAGCUGAAUUCUCUCUCACGGAAGACGACUAUCUGACAGACGCGGAUAUCCGACGAUUGCUCGGAAACUGGAGAGAGAAUCAGUCAACCUCAACAACCGGUUAUAACCCCCACAGAACGGUAACUGAGGGGAUUUGGGUUAACGGUAUUCUCUACGAGAAAGGUCACUCUGUCAAGCUGCGCAAAAAAGGGAGAUAUCUGAGAAUCCGCUCUGUCAUCCAAUACACUAGCGGGGAAAUCUUCUUCCAAGGUUGGAAUAUGAUCAAGACUUCCAAACACAAAGAAUGCUACAUGCCUAAAGAAAAGGGUUGGAAGUCGGAGCUGGUGUGGAUUACCAAUGAAAAUGAUGCUGAAAUUAGCAUAUUCGAUGUGGAAAGAUUCGUGACAAUCCAUCUCACCAACUACUGCGACAUAACCAGGGAUCCCCACCAAGGCCGGUUUUGCCGAUUGAAGGAGACACUGGAUAAGAGGGGAGGAUCCAUUCAGUAUAUCUCUCACCACGAAGCGGACGAAGGCUUCAGAUGGAAUCCGGCUGAGCUGCGCCGUUUGUGGAGGGGAGAAACACGACCUUUCGGCGAGGCCGAUCAGUUUACCGCAAAGUCCUGCCAGCCCGUGACUGAUCUGACCGGUCCAGAUGACGAAAUAGCUCGGCUUAGAAGACGCAGGUGGUACACAUUUGGUGAUGGUUUCUGCGGCGCCGGGGGAGUUUCCUGCGGUGCCAAUCAGGCUGGCUUGGAAAUCAAGUGGGCUUUUGAUGGAUCCCAGCAUGCCACUGAAAGCUACCAAUUAAACUUCGAUAAUGCUGAAUGUGAACUUGGAAGAAUUGAUCACUUCCUUACUAAUGACGAGGACUUCCAAAGGGUCGAUGUGAGCCACGGGUCUCCUCCAUGUCAGACAUUUUCGCCCGCCCACACGAACGAGGGUCGAAAUGACGAUGAAAAUUCGGCAUGUAUCUUCUCCUGCUCAGACUUGAUCAGAACAGCUAAGCCGAGAGUUCAUACUAUGGAGGAAACCAGCGGUCUUUUUGAUCGACACAAGCAGACUCUGAAUCGAGUGAUCCUGGACUUUAUCGAAACGGGAUACUCAGUACGAUGGGGACUUCUUUACUGCGUGGACUACGGAAUUCCUCAGACUCGUAAAAGAUUGGUGACCAUUGCGUCGGGUCCAGGAGAGCUCCUGCCGCAGUUCCCAGAGCCAACACAUGGGCCGCGAGAAUUGGGACUGAAGCCGUAUACCACAAUCAACCAAACUAUUGCACGCAUCCCAACAAGAGCCCCGGAUCACGAUACGCAGGCAGCGUACCCAGAACCAAAGGCGCCGUAUGACGGAAAUAGACAGGCGAAGACCAUUACUUGCGGAGGAGGAGAGAGCUACCACCCCUCUGGCCGGAGACGAUUUACCAACCGUGAACUAGCAUGUUUGCAAACCUUUCCACUAGACUUCCGGUUUGGACGCAUUGAGGUUCGCAAGCAGAUUGGAAACGCCGUUCCUCCGGUGCUGGCCCGGGCGUUGUAUGCGGAGAUCAUUCGGUCAUUGCAGCAAACCGACGAGACAGAGAUGCGGCAGAUUAGACAGGAGGAAGGAGAAUUUUAG